AUGAAAAAAGAGAAUGACGGUGACGGCUCCUUCGCCUUUUCCUCGGAAAGGGAUGUUUCCAAUUUGUAUCGAAAGGACCAUUAUAUGAAGCACUGUCAUGUUAAAAACCACAUCGAGCCAAUAGCAUUGGAAGACGAAGUUCACAUUUUGAAGAGGGAGAAGCAUCAAUCGUUUAAAUUAAGCGACAUUUUAAAAUCAUUGGAAAGAAUAAAAGAAGAAAAAAAGGAACCAUCAGAUGAAGACAUCAUUUUACCAGAAUAUGUGGAGCAUGAAAAAGUGGAACAUGAAGAGGAGAGUCAAGAAAGGAUACAUUGUGGAGUAUACCUACACGAGGUAAACAUAAUAGACAAUUCAUAUUUUCAUUCACGCUAUGACGAUAUAAUCGAUGACUAUUCCGAUCCUAUACGCAUAAAGGGUGACAUGUACGUAAACAACAUUGUCCAUUUCGAAGACUCUUCAAGUUAUCGUUCCGUAUUUGAGGUGCACAGAGUAGAGUGGUUCUUAGGGUUAGAAAUCAAUGAGAAACGAAUACACGAAAUUGUCCCAUACACCCAAGGGACCUCUUUCCGAAUCCCAUUUGAGGCGUUAGGAAAAUAUAUUUUUUGUAAAGCCUACAGAAAUGUGCACAUAAAUUCGGAGUAUCAAAAAAGGGGAAGGAACACCGUCUUCGAUCCUCAUACUCUGGAUAAGAAACCUGUGAAAUUUAGAGUAGAACCCAAAUGUGUUGAAAAAUGUUCUAUUACGUCUAAGGGGCCCGUCCUAAUAUCGAUAGAUAGUGCCUUCCAAAUAUUGACACUUUUGUGCAAGAAUGAUUAUUCCAUUCAGGUGAUUGUUGAAGACCCGCACGAUAAUUUCUGCAAUCUGUCCGCCUCAUCCAUAUCGGAUGACGAGACAGUUACGACUACAUCGAACGAAACCAACCGAACGGAUGAAAAUCACCGCUUUCUUGCUACCCUGUCCAUCAACUUUGACGAGAUCAAAUUUGGCCUAACAAAUUCGGCAACCGACGAGGAGGAUCAACCCCCCAGUAGUGCGACGCCUCAUAUGCAGGGUGCCAAAAGAAACAAUGACAAGCGAAGAAACGCUGCUUUUAAUUUUUUUGGCCUAUUUAACUUCCAAAAUGAUGGUGCCCACAGCUCAUCCGAUUGGAGAGCGGAAAGAAAGAGCAACUCCAGUGGAGAUGAAGAUGGUGAAAAAAGCGCAAAAAGCGUUAAACCGCUCCAAAGCGCUGAGCGGAAUGCACACAAAAAAGGGAGCCUUAAAAGGGAAGGCAACAAAACCGAAUUGACGCUUAACUUGUACGAAGUAGAAUUCAGACUAUCGGGUAAAGACGACUGCGUUGUGGUAAGCAUCGGAAUUGAUUUACAGAAAUCAUUUAAAUUUGUCAAAUACAAAAUGGUUACUAUCAAGCCGGUUGGGAAGAACACCUCGGCGAAUGACCUGUGGCUAAUACUGGUGGCUUUCAAAUCUGCGUAUUCGUAUAAAAAAGUUUUUAAAAAAAAUGCAAAAAGAAUUUACACGAAUACGAAUAUUUCGUUCGUUCAAAAUAUAGUAAACAAUUAUUUGACAAAAUCGAUGGAAAGGAAUGUAGACGGAACUAUGCCUCUCCAGAAGAUAAACACAAUUUUUAACGAAGCGGGGUGA